GGAGGAUGAGGCGGGGUGAGUUUUAGGCGAAGUCGGAGCUUGGACUUGGGCUUGUGCAAGGUCUGAUGAGGGAGGUUGUGAAGUCCCUCUCGUUCCUGCUGAUCAGCGUUGUCCGUCAUACGAACGGGAGCGGCUUCGAGUCCCGGGUUGUGAACAUGAGAGAUCUCUCGGGAAUGACCUUGGUGGAAGGGCUGCUGCACCGCAUUGACGAUAGUCUGAGCGGCCGAGGUCGGUUGCAGAGCCGCUCGCGUCGUCACCGAAUGGCCAGUGUUCUUGGGUUGCGAGACAUCCCGGUGACUAGGAAGCCGGGCGUAAGGGUGUACUUGAACUUGAGAAGGGUACCGUCCAGGUUGGUUGGGGCGGUUCGAGAGGUUGGAAGGGUAUCGAGGAGUAGCAGCGAGUUGAGGUUGUAUGGGAGUCCCGUUUGAAGGGUACCUUUGGUCGGCGGGACGGUGUCGGCGGUCCGGGUUCGCCAUUUCGUUGAGUUAAUUGACUUGAUCAAGCUCGAGGGGACAUGAACAGGGGUGUUGAGGAUGGAACGGGGAUUGAGUAAACUAGUUCGAGUUGGGAAGGGUGUCGGUAUUGGCGGUUUGCGUAAGGACGUUUGGCGAUAAAUUGAAUUGAACAGGUAGUCGCUAGAUGCUAGAUGAGGGUGAGAUUCGAGUGAAUGUGUGUCGGUUGUCGUUGCCGGGCGUUGCGAAAGUCGUCAAAAGAGCGUGUUGUCGAGCCGAGAGAAGUGUGGUUGAUGUCGUUCGAUCGGGAGGUAGGAUAUGAAAGAUAUGCGAUAUAUGCGAGGGGGAUGGUGGUCGUCGAGUGUUGUUGUCGGUCAGUUGUUAUGAGGGAAGGGACGGGGACGGGGGGGACGAAUCCCAAAGGAAGCGCGUCGAUGGUGUGUUUGUUGUUUGUUUACAUCAUCA